GAACGACCCGGAUACGUCACUGUCGUCGUCAACAUCAGUUCCACAGCCACGGCAGGAGGAUGCAGCCGCCGGGCCCUGCACUACAUCCACACACCGGUCCCCCUGGAGACUUCACCUUUGUGUCCUCCACUGAGGCUGACGGUAAGGGGGAGAGGCCGGGAAUGGCGGCCACUGGGCACAGCGCCGAUCUCAGUGGCUCUAUAGCAUCUCCUGAUGUGAAACUGAAUCUUGGUGGAGAUUUUUCUAAGGAAUCCACAGCCACUACAUUUCUUCGUCAAAGGGGAUAUGGAUGGUUACUGGAGGUAGAGGAAAAUGAUCCUGAAGACAAUAAACCUCUCCUGGAAGAGCUGGAUAUAGACCUAAAGGACAUUUACUACAAAAUCCGAUGUGUUCUGAUGCCCAUGCCAUCACUUGGGUUCAACAGACAAGUUGUACGAGACAACCCUGAUUUCUGGGGACCCCUUGCAGUGGUUCUGUUCUUUUCAAUGAUUUCAUUAUAUGGUCAAUUCAGAGUUGUGUCCUGGAUAAUCACAAUUUGGAUAUUUGGAUCCUUAACAAUUUUCCUGCUUGCUAGAGUACUUGGUGGAGAUGUUGCAUAUGGGCAGGUGCUUGGUGUCAUAGGUUACUCCUUACUCCCUUUGAUUGUUAUAGCCCCCGUGCUUUUAGUGGUUGGAUCCUUUGAAAUUGUCUCUACAGUGAUAAAACUGUUUGGUGUGUUCUGGGCUGCCUACAGUGCUGCAUCCUUAUUAGUUGGAGAAGAAUUCAAGACUAAGAAGCCCCUUCUAAUUUAUCCAAUUUUUUUGCUUUACAUCUACUUCCUAUCAUUGUACACUGGAGUGUGACCACAUUCAGAUGCCCAGUUUAUAGAUGUAAAUUGUAAUGCUGGAUUGAUUGGUGAGGUGGCUUACUAUUGGUAUGGCUUCCUCCGAAUCCCCGGGGCUGUAUUAUGCAUAUAUGUGUAUAUAUUAUUUAACCCCUAGAACUUGUCUGGAGGGUUUACUGUAUAAUGCAAUAUGCCACAACCAUUUCUGGCAUGGAAGAGAUCUAGAAAAGCAUUUAAAGUGCUUUCAUUUUUUUUCUUAUUAAUGAGAAUAAGGAAACUGUUUUGUUUAAGCAUUUGGUUAUCUUUGAACAAAUUCAGAAAGCAGGACAUGCUGGACUUUUGGUUCUCUGUGCCAGGUUUACAGGUGGGCUGUAGACUGUUCCUCCCUUGGCACAAACAUUUUAUAUUGCUUUAGUUUAAAACCCCUUUCACUGAUUCUCCCAGUCUUCACAUGAACAAGGGAAAACUGCAGAUUACACUUGAAUCCUGAUUUCAUCCUGUUUUUUUAUUAAAAGUUUAGACCCAUAGAAAUUUUUUCCAGCCUAAAUGGAAUUACCAUUUAGAUAAAAUGUGUCAACCGUCUUGUGUACUGCAAUCCCCACUGUGCUAAAAGUCAUGUUUGUAUUGGUAGGGGUAAAAACUAUUUAUUGUCCAACAUUGGUCCUACUUUUUAAUACUUUUUAAUUACCCUUUGGGCAUAAUCCUGUAAAAUGGAGUGUGUGCCUUCCUGUGAAACACAAGAGGCAUACACAUUGAUCAAGUGCACAGAAUCAGCAGAGAUCAAUAUUGAUUUUGGCAGGUCAGGAUUCAAACUGCAAGAGUGGAAUUGUGGGAAAUGGUGCAGUUUAAAGGUUCUUUCCCCACCUUGUAUUUGGCCUAUUAUAUGUAAAUACAUGUUCAACUCAGUGCCCUGUACCUUUUGAAACAUUUUAGGCAAUUUAUUUGUCUGUCUCCUCUAAUAGCCUGUUAUAUUUUAUUUCUUCUCAGUAUAUCUGCAUUAAUUGAUCUUUUUCUUUAAGAUUUAAGCUGCUCAUGUGAUACAAUUUCUGUCACUUAAUAAAGAAGUCCUGUUUUUUAAAGUGCAAUUUAUGUGGCAGUAGGAUUAUUCCUAUCUAAUCGUUUAAACAUUGAUAUAUUUUUUUUUUUUAAUAUAAAAAUAUCCUGUAGAUAUGAAAAUAUUUAUAAUACCUAAUCCUGGCUCUCCGCAGAUGUAACAGUUGUUGUGACACCUUUAAUUUCUUUUAAUUUUGCUGUUACAUGUAAAAUGUUUUUUAUUUUAUAGAUAUUAUUUCUGAUUCAAUGCAAAAAAAAGGAAAAAAAAAUAAACUGCAGAGAAUAAACUUGCAUUUUGUAUUUUA